AUGUACAUGGUGGCAGAAGCAGUCUUCUUGGCCAUUGGCCUCUCCCUGCUAGUUCUCAUCAUCAUGCUGAUAUAUGCUGUCUAUCCUUCACGACAGCUGGUCUCCCAGCUCGACACAAAAACAACUGUUAUGGGGAGACCGCUAUUCUUCCCUGUCGUUCUCGCGCAUAACCGCGUCAAGCCUGUGCGGGAUCAAUUCCACCAUCACAUGCUCCUGGUGGGUGUGCCUGUUGGUCUUUGCGGCCACAUAGGCAACGUCUUGUCCAUCACAGACAAGUCUUGGAAGAAGAGCUGGUUCCACAUUGAAUCCGGACGAUAUCUUGGUCGGGGCGAUGGGCAUCUUAGCCUCGAAGAGAAACUGCACUGCUUCUUACGUGAUCUGAACCUCGAUCCCUCGCGGUGGCCGUACGCAUAUCUACUGACGACUCCGCGGUGGCUGUGGUGGUUCCACAAUCCCUUGAGCUGGUGGUAUCUAUACUCGGCAGAAGGUGAGCUGGAUGCAGUGAUCAUGGAAGUCAAUAGCUUCUAUGGAGAGAAACGAAACUUCUUCUUCCACGUCGAAGGCUAUGGGAAGCAGGUGUCUUAUCCUCAACACACAGCGGGAGACAUGCUGGAUGCUGUUCAGUCUGUCGAGUCUGUGACCUCGGCUUCAAGAUUCACCUUCUACAAGGGAUCUUGGCAGAAGCACCUCUUCACCACCCCCUAUGAAAAGGUAGAGGGCAGCAUGGCCGUUCGAGUGAUGGAUCCGAUCAAAGACACUGCAUGGAGUGAUCGAGUCUCCUUCUCCAACCUGACAAGCAUCAGCCCGGAAGGUGAUGCCCGCCUGGCAGCCCGGAUGACCUGCUGUGAGGCCCCGGUAGACCCAAUGCGCGUGUCUGCCUUGACUCUUGCCUCGUUCCUGUUGCGAUGGAGCCUUCCGGUGACUCUGGCUAAACUACAGAUCCUCUAUCAUGCUCUCCGGAUCCGUUACACAGGUCUGAUGAGCAUGACUGACAGACCCGUCAUUCGCAGGGGGAGUCUUCCUCACCCAGCAAGCCGGAUCGAGAAAACCCAUGAGACCUUUUUCCGGGAAUAUCUCUCCCAUCGCGUCAAGGCUUUCCCUGACGCACUGGAACUGUGCUACCUGCCCUCCCGCGGAAUAUCCAAUAAGACGAUCAUUAUGCGUUCAACUACGGAAGAUGAGAAUCUCCGUGUUCUUGAGCUUGAGCCGCUGGAUCCGGGCUUCUUUACGCGCAUCGUUCAUUCUCCCUCCAUCGCCGAGGGACUGGCGUUGGAGAUGACUACAGGUGGCACUCCGGCCGAUCCUGAAGCGUGCAAUCUGUGGGUAUCAGACCCAGAAUUGUUCACCCGACUUUUGCGCCCUCGUAAACCCUCCAAAAAGGCCAACAGACCGAUUGUCCGAGAUGCCACCCUCGCGGCGCAUGGUCUAUGUAUGGACCCUGGUGUGCGAUCUGAUGAUGAAGCGAUUCCUGCCGGAUUUCCCUCGACGGAUCCAGAUCUACAGCCUGGCAGUCCUCUUCACUUUGUCUUGGCUGCUUUAUACUGGGAUAGUUGA